UUAAAUCUCUCUCUAGUAAAAACGCUCUCUCCUCUCUUUUCUUCUUUGUCCGACUGCUUAUGGAGAUUGAGCAGCCAUGUCUGCGGUGAUCUCUCCCUAGCCUUUGGCUGUGGAAGAGCAAAUCCAGAACCGAAAUGAAAUAAUUCCCAGCCUUAAUCCAAAACAAUCUUAUGCUGCGCAACUUCACCCAAAAUAAUUUGCCCCAAUAUCGUCAAAAAUCGAGUUGUUUCCGGUUAAGUUCGUUCAUGGAGAACCAACAAUAGAAUUUACAAUGGAGGAGUUAAAUGAUUUUACAAGAGAAGACGGACUGCAUCAAGCAGUUGCGGUGAAGCUUUCAUACGGAAAACCCGAUUUACAGGAGAAUAGAAGGAUUUUUCCAUCGCAAUUCGAGAUUCAAGGUUGCUGUAACAUUGGACAGCUUGAGUUUCAUCAUCUGUUGAUCUUUUCCAUGGACGGUAAGAUUUAAUCCAAAGGAGGAAACGUCUCUGGCAGUUGUAUGGAUUUCCCUUCCUGGGUUGCCACCUAAUUUUGUUUGCUAAGAGGUCGUUAAUGUCUAUUGCUUCAGCUGUGGGUAAAGCUCUAGCUGUGGACAAGGCAACACAAGAGAGAACGAGACCUAGUGCUGCUAGGGUCAACGUUAUACUUGAUCUUCUAAACAAACAUCCUAAAAAAGUUAGGCUACAUAUUGUGGACAAAGUUUCUUGUAAAUCUGUCGUGCAUUACCAAGAGGUGGUGUACGACAAUCUUCCAAAGUAUUGUACUUAUUGCAAACAUCAAGGGCAUGAGGAAAGAGUUUGUAGAUCGAUGAAAGCAAAAUCUGGAGAGGACGUGAAGGCAAAGGAGGCCACAAUUGAUAGUAAUCUGCUUGAUAUUGAUGUGAGUAAUAUUGAGCAAUUAGAAGGGGAUGCUAGAGACUUUUUGAAUGCUAAAAGAGCUGGCCAAAUUGUUGUGGAAAUUCCAGAAAAUGAUGCCAGCAGUGGUAAGCAGCAGGUGGUGCAGAUGCAACCUAAUGAAGGUAAAAUACAGUCUACUGUGAGAAGUAGGGGUGUGUUUAUUGUUGAACAAAAUCGUGAAGUUCAACUGGAGCAGGGGAUGUCUCAUAAUAAAACAGGUGAUCGAGUUGUGCAUACAGCGCUCAAGGAAGCUGUUUUUAGUGUUCCUAAUGAAACUAUAGUUCAAAUUGAGGCUAGACAACCUGAUGGAGGACACAAAAAUGUUAUAGUCAUUGAAAAGUAUAAUGUAGCUGAUGUCGAUCGAGUUUCGCAUGGUGUACUGCCUGAAGCUACUGAUGCUAUUAGUCAUAAAUUUAUUGUUGCUUCAGGUCAGGUUAAUGCUAGGCAGAAGAUGGAGGGUUUAAGUGUGGAGCAGAUCCAGAAAAAUCCAACUGGAGAGGAUAAAAGGUUGAAUGAUAUUCCUGCUGCGACGAUUUUCGUGAGGAUGUACACGGCUACUGCUGGUGCUUUGAACGCUGCUGCGGAUCAAGCUGCUAACUCAAACAUGUCUAAUAUGUAUCAACAACAGGUAGGGACAUUAGGUGAUGAGGCAGUUAUUCAACAAAUUCAAGUAGUCAAUCCUCACAAUGCUAGUGCACAAAUGACUAGUCAUGAAGGGCCAUAGGUGCUUGUCAAUGAUGUUGUUGCUGCUUCGGGUGAGGUUGCUGAUAGAUCAUACAUGGUCAAUAAAGUUGAGGUUGUAGCUGAGCAAUCAAGCAACAUUAACCAAGGAAAAGCCAAGGAUCAACAGGUUACUAAAGUAACUUCUAAACCUACUGCUGCUAACAGGAAAGUACAGGAACUUGGCAAGGGAGAUGUUGCUACUGGAAUUAUUGGCAAGGGAGAUGUUAGUGCAAUUGAUGGAACAUCUGCUAACAAGAAGGUUGCUGAUAUGUUAGAAGCAGCUUCUCAACAUGGGCAACAUUCACAUGCUAAGGGUUGGUCAUUAGUGCAUCGAUCACCUAGAAAGAAGGUGUCUUCAGAUAAUAAAAAUCUGGAAUCAGGAGCAGAAACCUUUAGGUGUUCUAACUCGUUUGAUGCCCUGGUCUGUGCACAUGAACAUGGUGAGAAAGAUUUGUAUCAUAAAGAAAUAAGUGCAAGUUCAAAAAAUAGGCAAGAGAGGUCUCCGGGCAGUACAAAAAACCAGCAGAAUUCUGGUGUUCCAGUAAAUGCAUCAAAAGACAUUGUUCCAGUUGUGGAGGAGCUAACGGGCAAACAAGCACAUAGCUCCAAUACUCCGACGUUGCAUUUUUAAAUUAUCAAGAAUGCCCAGAAUGCAAUGAUGUUGCAUACUACUAUGGUUAAACAACCAUUGGUCACGUUGAACACCUCUGUGUUUGAAGUUCCCUCACAAUCAAGGGAGUCGUUUGGUGAAUAUGGGGGUGAGUCUAGGCAGUUGAUGUUGUCCACUGGAAAUAACAACGAAAUUAUACAAGCAAAUGUGAGGGAGAUGGUUAUUAAAUCCAAAUUUUUGGCUGACCAAUGUGAGGAGGAUGAAGAUGAGGACUGGGGUGUUGAAAUUGCUGAGGAAUCGACUGAUGUUACUGAUCAAGAAAGUGCAGAUGAAGAUGUGCUAUCAGUUGCCUCACCAACACUGCCAAAAACAUAUGCAAAACUCAAAAGCAAGCUGAAUUUGAAUGCCCCAGAAUUUGUUCCCAGAAAUUCUCCAAUAAUGCCUAAGCCUGGACAGCAGCAACAUAUUAAAUCAACUGCUGGGCAGUAACAUGUUGGAACAAGCAUGCCAGGGGGUACUUCGAUGAAAAAUGCAGUAACGCCCAACACUGGGGCAGCAGCAGUUUCUUACAAACACUCCAGCAGCUGCUUGUGUGGAUGAUCAAAAUGCAGCAAUAACGUCAAUCUCUGGGCAGCAGCAACAGCGUGAAGGUACUCCAGCUAUAUCGUUGGAGGACAGAAUGCUUUUGGACGCAUAGGUAAAUUCUAAACCUCUUCUUUCUUUAACUCCAUCAUAAGCAGUUAGCACUGGACAGGGGGUUAAGAACAGGAAAAACAUGCAAGCUAUUGAGCAACAUCAAGGCAAGGUAAAUGCUUUGAUGACACAAGAUUUUGUUCAAGACAUGCCACAUCCAGUGAAUGUGGGCAGAGAUAUGUACGAAGAGGGAGAGGAAGAUUACAUGUUACAACAAUGCCGGGAAGAGGCAGCAAAAAAAGGUGAUUUAUCACCUAUGCAUAGCGGAAAGAGCAAGAAGUCUUAUACAAGGAAGAAGAGUUGGGACGGCAGGGUCAAUGAGGAAGCAAAUAUUAGGCGACUCCCAAUGAGAGUUGCCAAACAAAAACAGGCUGCCCCAACCACAUCUACAAGGUCGAACCGUUCGAAAAAGAAAUAAUGAAUUUUGAAGACAUAUUGAAGAGAUGUGAUGAAGAUGACAAAGAAAUAAUGAAUUUUGAAGACAUAUUGAAGAGAUGUGAUGAAGAUGACAAAGAAAUAAUGAAUUUUGAAGACAUAUUGAAGAGAUGUGAUGAAGAUGACAAAGAAAUAAUGAAUUUUGAAGACAUAUUGAAGAGAUGUGAUGAAGAUGACAAAGAGUUACAACUUGAAGAAGUUGCAAGUUUGGGCAAGAAAGGACAAGACUUUAAUUCCUACUACAUAUUAUUCUUUCACUUUAUUAGUAUAGUCAUUUGUAAUAUCAUCACAGAGUAUGUUAUAAACUUUGUGAUGAUCUUAGAAUAUUUAGUGCUCCCUAGUUCUUACUUUUUACAUGCAUGCUAGUAGGUGAGGCUAUUUUAUGCCUCAAUAGGAUUAGUAAGGUAAGGUUUGCCCAGUAUAUGAUUGCUCA